AUGGGACCUGAGGCAUUUAUGUUAUUGUGUCAUAAAUUGAGGGGAACUGGUUAUGUGAAGGAUACUAUACGAUCCACAGUUGAAGAACAAGUUGCUAAGUUCCUACACAUCAUUGGUCAUAAUGUGAAAAAUCGCACCGUGUCAUUCUUCUUCCGCCGUUCUGGUGAGACUGUUAGCCGUCACUUUCACAAUGUUUUACGUGCCAUCAUUUCAUUAGAAGAUGAGUUCCUAGUCCAACCUUCUGGUAGGGAUGUACCUCCACAAAUAUUAAACAAUAGCAGAUUCUAUCCUUUUUUUAAGGAUUGCAUUGGAGCUAUAGAUGGAACACAUAUUCGGGUAAAGGUCCCAAGAGCGGAAGCCGCACGAUUUCGUGGAAGAAAAGACUACCCUACACAAAAUGUUUUGGCUGCGUGUAACUUUGAUAUGAAAUUCACUUAUGUUUUACCGGGGUGGGAAGGCACAGCAUCUGACUCUAGGAUUUUGAAAGAUGCUUUAAGUAGGGAAGACUCUCUAAAAAUUCCUGAAGGAAAAUAUUAUCUUGGGGAUGCCGGUUUUAUGCUAAAACGUGGGGUGCUUACACCUUAUAGAGGUGUUCGUUAUCACUUGAAGGAAUAUUCUACUCGCAGCCCGCAAAAUUCUAAGGAGUUGUUCAAUCAUCGCCAUGCUUCACUUCGAAAUGUUAUUGAGAGAUGUUUUGGAGUACUAAAGAAAAGAUUUCCAAUUUUAUCUACUGGCACCGAACCCUUUUACUCAUUUGAAGUCAUGACAGACAUUGUACUUGCUUGUUGUAUAUUGCAUAACUUCUUAAUGGGUGUUGAUGUUGAUGAGACCUUAAUUGCUGAAGUAGAUCGUGAGUUACUUCAACAAGAGAUUGAUAGAUCCCAACCACAACAACAACGUGAUGAUGACUAUAGAUUGGGAACAAUUUUAAGGGACGAUGUUGCUAUUAGAAUGUGGAAUGUUUAUCCAAUAUGA